GUUUAUUUUACCUGUACAGGUAAAUUACCUUCACGCAAGCGCACUGGACGAAAACACUUCCGCAAAAUCCAAACUGGGACAGCAAAGUUAAAUAUGUAACAACUUUUUGUUUUGGACAAACUUUGUUGAGAAUUUAUUCAGUUUUAUUGUUUUAUUAAAGGUCAAUUAAAGAAAAUAUUCCUGUACAAUGAGUACCAAUUACUAUCCUAAAGGGAGUUCACGUGGUGGAUCAGAGAUGGGGGAUUCAGAGAUGGGCAGUGCAUUUGAACUGCAGAAAUGGCCUUCCUAUUAUUCCUCACAGGCCAGUAUGACCUACAGCCACAGAAGUUUCUACUCUACCUACACACCAUCACAUGCCUCAACGUUCCUACCUAUUGUCCAACAAGCUCCUGAUAAACUAAAGAAGCCAGAUGACAAUUUUGGUUUGGCUUGUUGCUCAAUAGCUAUCAACCCAAUAUUUGGAAUAAUUGCUGUUUUAUUAGCAGAAAUUUCUCGAGAUUACUUCAACCGAUGUAACUACAUUAAAGCUUCCAAGUAUGGUUCCUAUGCCAAAGCUACAGCUGCUGGGGGGAUCUUCUGUACCAUUUUCUUACUAGCUUGUAUCAUAUCACAGCUUCUGUGGUACCAUCUCAAGUUCUCGUACUGAUGCAACUUUAUCAUAGUCAACA